GGUCAGCCUGGGCCACAUGAGACCCUGUCUCACAAAACAAAACAGAUGAUCAUCAAUAAUACAAACCAAUCUAAGAAAGACUGUUUAAAAUUUAGGUAGAAGGUGUGCUCAGAAGUAGAAUUACUGGCUCAAAGAUGAAUUUAAGUUUGUUCUGGAACUCAUUUAAUGAAGCAUUGCAAUCUCAAUAUGAUACUAAAAGCACAAAAUACUGUGUUUGUUUUUUAAAAUGAGAGCUUCUCCCCGAUUGGCCUGCCACCCAUUAUGUAGACUAGGCUGGUCUGAAGCUUGCAGUGAGCCUCCUAUCAAACUCUCUUAAGAGCUAGGAUUCCAGUCAUGUGUCAUGAUGGCCAGCUAACGUGGCUCUUUAUUAUCAGUUGCAAUAUCUUAAGGGCUAGAUUUUUUCUGUAAAGAAAUAUUUUAUUAUCAGAUAGAUGAUUUCUUGACUGUCUUCCUCCUAUAUUACUUUGGAAAGAUAAAACAGGACACAUGAUACUUUUCUAAAUUGCUUAAUUAAAAAAUAUGUGAUGUAUAUAAAUGUAUAUCUUACAUAUUUUUUUGAGAGAUUGAAUGUCAAGAUUUAAACCUUAAAUUAGUGCCUAGAAAGUCCCUGAAGAAAAAAAAAAUGUUGUAUUUUGAGAAUCCAUUCUGGUCUUGAUGAUUAGUGAAUUAGCAUUUAUCUUGGUCUUAGAAAGGUCAAAUAGUCUCUUUUCAGUGGCUAGUACUGAGUAAAACAAGUUCAAAUAUGAAGGGUAUUAGAGAAAACAGAAUUUCUCAGUUCUCUUUUGAGGUAUAUCUACGAUACUGUUAACUUGUGUCUUUAUAGACUAGUACAUAUGUGCAAUUUCUGGAGAAAUGGUAUCUACAGUAUUGCAUAUUUGCAGGCUUUUCAUACUUAUAGACUUUUCAAAACAGUUACAUUCAGCUUAAGGUACCAAUACAGUUUUGUUAGAAACUUUUUUUGUUCUUUUAUGAAUAUUCCUUAAUAUUAUCCAAUUCAGCUUUUAUUUCCUCUUACAUAUUAUCUAUUCCUGAUUUUUGGCAUGGCAUUUGUGUUGUUCAGUAUUGUCCUUUAUGAAGUUUAUUUUGGCAGACUUUUGCAGAUGGUUGCUCUAUGAUAACUUAUGUUUGUGGAAAAAAGUCCAAAUGCUGUGCAAUAUUUAUGUUAAGAGGUAUUUAGGGUAAACAAUGGUAGAGGAAAGAGAAGUUAAAUGCUUGAAGAAGAAACCUACGGGAUUUUGAUGCUGUCAGAAAUGACUGUAAGGGUAACUCCUCCUGUGAAGUUGCUUUUGCAUGGAAGGAUGCUCUUUUCCUGAUAGAAGAUGAUAAUCUUGGAGAAUGACCAUGGAGAAGGGGAUGAGUUCUGGAGAAGGACUGCCUUCCAGAUCACCUCAGGCAUCUGCUGUUAAAGUAACAGUCAAGGAAUCAGAAACAAGGCAGCCCUGUGAGGAGAAACGAGGAGGCUUUGUGCUGGUGCAUGCAGGUGCAGGUUAUCAUUCGGAAUCCAAAGCCAAGGAAUAUAAACAUGUAUGCAAACGGGCCUGUCAGAAGGCAAUUGAGAAGCUACAGGCUGGUGCUCUUGCAACAGAUGCAGUGACUGCUGCUCUGGUGGAACUUGAGGAUUCUCCUUUUACAAAUGCAGGAAUGGGAUCUAAUCUAAAUCUCUUAGGAGAAAUUGAGUGUGAUGCCAGCAUAAUGGAUGGAAAAUCCUUAAAUUUUGGAGCAGUUGGAGCACUGAGUGGAAUCAAGAAUCCAGUUUCAGUUGCAAACAGACUCUUGUGUGAAGGGCAGAAGGGCAAGCUCUCUGCAGGCAGAAUUCCUCCCUGCUUUUUAGUUGGAGAAGGAGCCUACAGAUGGGCAGUGGAUCAUGGGAUACCCUCUUGCCCUCCUAGCAUCAUGACCACAAGAUUCAGCUUAGCUGCAUUUAAAAGGAACAAGAGGAAGCUAGAACUGGCAGAAAAGGUGGAAACAGACUUCAUUCAGCUAAAGAAAAGAAGACAAUCAAGUGCAAAGGAAAACGACUCAGGCUCUUUGGACACAGUGGGUGCUGUGGUCGUCGAUCAUGAAGGGAAUGUUGCUGCUGCUGUCUCCAGUGGAGGUUUGGCCUUGAAACAUCCAGGGAGAGUUGGGCAGGCUGCUCUUUAUGGAUGUGGCUGCUGGGCUGAAAAUACUGGAGCUCAUAACCCCUACUCCACAGCUGUGAGUACCUCAGGUUCACCUUUCCUUGCCAGUGAAGAUGGCGUGCUUGGUGGGGUGAUUGUUCUCCGGUCAUGCAGAUGUUCCUCGGAGUCUGACUCCUCCCAAAAUAAGCAGACACUUCUAGUGGAAUUUCUGUGGAGCCACACUACAGAGAGCAUGUGCGUGGGAUAUAUGUCAGCCCAGGAUGGAAAAGCCAAGACUCACAUUUCAAGACUCCCUCCUGGUGCUGUGGCAGGACAGUCAGUUGCAAUCGAAGGCGGGGUGUGCCGCCUGGAGAGCCCAGUGAACUGACUCUGGGCUGAAUAUGAAGUGUCUAAGAGGCAUUUCAAAACCUGAGCUUUGGGCUAGUUAAUUGAAGUUGGGUGUUUUAUCUUGCUUGUUUUGUAAAUCCUAUUGCAACCUCGGGCACUGCUUGGGACACAAGUGCUGCUAUACUUAGUGCUGGUUGACACUCGAGUCUUUGAUGGGUGAGCGGGAGCAUGUGUGAGUGUAUAUCCAUGUGCAGUUUGUAUGCUUGCUUCUCCCUGGUGGGGUAGGAUCUCCUCAAGUGUAACCUAUGACUGAGAAUGAUCAAAUCCUUACAAAAUGUGUGCUUUAACUGUUUACAAGUAAAACCUAAAAUUGUAGAAAACUUUAAUUUCAUAAAAAGGUACCAACUAUGGUUGAUACAAUGUGUCUGAACUGAAGAGUGAAUCUGCUUGUUUAAAUGACUUGACCUUCAUUGUCCUUUUAAUAACAGUAAUAACAGUAAUCAGUAAUAUGGUGUCAGUUUAAGUGGAUGGUGUGGUAACUUAAACUGUUGUUCUCAUCCCUCAUACAGGGCAUUUUUCCUUGAACAAAGAAUGGUUUCAGUGAAACAGUCUAGUGGAAAAUUAAGGUCAGAACCUUUUAAAGUAAUAGUCUUAUUGAUAAAGUUUGUACUUCUCUCCUGAGCUAUUUGAAGCUUAAGUAUUGCAUAGCUUUGCGCCGUGUGUACUAUAUUAUGAAAGAAUAUGUAAAGAGAGUGUUCAGUAAUGCACAGUCUUAAUAUGUGUAUAAUUGAAUGUUAUUUACAAUGUAACACUGUAAAUAAGAAAGCAAAGUUUAUGGGAAAAUUCAAUAUUAUCUUUGUUUCUCGUUUAAAUAUAUUUUUAAGAUAAAGGUACAAGAAUAAAAAGCAUAUUACUGGG